AUGUCCAACUGUUGCGGUUUCAUCCGCGGAUGCGCCGCGGCGGACACUUAUCAGCCGCUGAACUCGCAAAUCGCCCGUGGCAGUUCGGUCAAGCUCUCAAAGGACGUCAGAGAAGCUCUCAGGAGUCCAAGGAAUCACCGGAGAAAGCCGAGCGUUCGUUACGACGCCGUCAGGCCGGCCGGAUCCACAAGCGAUCAGUCGACGCCACAUCGUCAGCUGCCCGGGAGUCUACGAGGUUCCCUGAGCUAUUCCCACAGCCACCGGCAUAACAAUCUCCACAGACAUGAUCCACCGCUACCACCGGCUUAUUGCGCUCCGCCUCCGCCUCCGCCGGUGUCCUCUAGUUACCCCACAGUGCAACGUGGCUGCGCCCUGCAUUCGAGGCUCGACCAGCCGGUGACCAGCUCUACGUCCGGAAUGGACAGCAAAAAGGUUGUCCAGGCGGCGCCGCUUCCCGUACCUGUGCAGGUACGCAGCAAGAACGAUGGCUCGGGGGUGGCGGCGUCGGUGUCAGGAGUUCGCAGACGAAGCGGCUCGCAGGGUUUGCGAUCGCCGGCCGCGAAGAGGCCACUCUCCGCCCCCGUCGCGCUCCAGGGUUGGCUACACAAACAGGGCUCGGAGGGUCUCAUGCUCUGGAAGAAACGGUGGUUCGUCCUCUCCGAGUACUGCCUCUUUUAUUACAAAGGUCCGGAGGAGGAGAAACUGCUCGGCUCGAUACUGCUCCCGUCGUACAGGGUCACUGUGUGCAAGUCCGAGGACAAGGUUAACAGAAAGUUCGCGUUCAAAGCCGAACACGCGAACAUGAGGACCUACCAUUUCGCGGCUGACAGUCGCGAGAGCAUGAAUCAAUGGGUGAACGCGUUGACUCUGGCGACACUUCUUCAGGAUCCAAAUCCCGGAGUCGGAGAGGCAGCGGUGGUGAUCGAAAUAGCGGGCCAACAGGACGGCGAACGGAGCGCGAGACCGAGCGUUUCCUCGAUCUCCUCGAUCCUGAAUCAAAGCGCGGACGACAGCGAUUCUGGGUUCCAUGGUUUCCAAUCACGGGACGAACCCAGCCACGCUUCCAACAACAACUCCAGCCCGAACAGCGUCAAUACCGCCUCCUUCCCCAAUCUCAGCGGCAGCAACAGCAAUUCCAAUACCAACAACGGUGACAACAAUAAUAACAAUAGCAACAGCAUCGGGAACGCGACAAACAACAACGUGAACGAAGUUCAGCCCCUGGUGAACGGAUGGAUUCAGCAACAAUCGCAGUACGGGCAGCCCAGCACGUCCCAGCAUCAGCAACAGCAGCAACAACAACAGUACGGUCAACUGAUGCCGUCUUCCCAACAAAUACAACAUGCUUACCCUCACCAGGUCAUACUUCUUCAACACAUACCUCAUCAGAACACGGUUCAGGCCCUUCAAGUUCAUCAGCACAAACAGGUAAUCCAGCAGCAACAGCAGCAGCAGCAACCGCAAUCGCACGCGACCCCGAGUAACGUACAGACCGUGCAACCGAUGCCCAGAAAGUUCGGUCAACCGAUCUACGCGAACGCUCCCCCGAAACCCAGAAGACUGACCGAUGGGUCGACCGAGUAUUCCACGCCGUCUCCGGACCCAGACUAUCGAAAGUCUCCCGUAUCGCCGGACGUAACGACAACCAGCAAGAGUCCCAUGUCGGAUUACGACAGAGGCAGCGCGAUCUACGGGACGAGGCUGAGUCAGCCUAGUCAGCAGAGUCUGCGAACGGACAAGUCGGGCCUGAAUUACGGCUACAACCGGGUGCAAACGGAGAGACGCACGCCGGACACGUACGGACGCAGCGCGGCGAAACCGCGAUCCAGUAGAGGGAACGGGGACUACGAAGAAGUUUAUGGCGCGCCUCAGCUUUAUCAAAGACCGGCUGGUCCCGUCGGCUACUCGAAAGGAGCUUCCCCAGCUCCCAUACCUAUACCUCUUUACGCUCAACAGCACCAACAGUAUCAGCAGCAUCAGCAGCAUCAACAGCAUCAGCAGCAUCAGCAACAUCAGCAGCAUCAGCAACAGAUGCAUUCCCCGGCUGAUGCGACGGUUAAUAUGCCCAUACUAAGGCAACCCAGGGCUCAGCCACCCCCACGACCCCAUAGCGCUGACUUCCUGGAGUACGAGGCGACCAGAAGGCCUCAACAGCAAAUAUCAGCCCAGUGCGACGAGUCGUUGAACCAGCAGAGGCGUCCGCAGAGGCCUAAGUCGAGCUUAGACAUAGUCACGCCAUCGGAUACCGUCAACGAUGGAUACUUCUAUUCGGAGGAAAGAUACGCGGCUCAGAUGCGGCAGUCGGCAGUUUAUCUCCACCAGACGCCCCAGCAUCAUCAGCAACAAAGGAACCAAUCACUUUCCCGGGCGACAAUACCGUCGAAAGUAACGGGUGUUCACGAUAAAGGCGAGGAAAGUAGAGUAGCAACGUUGCCGGAGGCGGCGUCCUGCUCCGGGCUGAGGCGAGGACAGCGUGAACACCAGCAACACGUGAUUUCGUACCAGUCUCUGCAGAGGCAUACCGAAAUGAACAGCAGCAGCGAAGCGAAGCUGAGAAGGUCCUUGCGGGAAAAGAGUUACGAGCCGAGCAGCCGGGAAAUGUUGAGUCACGUCGAGGAUGGAACGGUGCCACGACGAAUUCCACGGGAGUACGACUCGUCGUCGAUGGGGUGGGGCAGGCCGGCGAGUCACACGAGUCAGGGGACUCACGUGGCUCAAACGUGUCACGCUCCUCACGCCGGUGCCAGACGAUGGAACGAUCAGCAACAGUUCUGCAGGUCCGCAUCCGCGAGGCUACCGAGGACGCGACAUCCGGCAGCCCUCGAUCCGGACGACGACGAUUACGGCGAACGAUCAUCCGAGCAGGACUCGAGGGAUGGUGAACGCAAGAUUCAGCAGCGAGAGGAGUCGAUGAAACGACUGCUCGAAUGGAAGCAGCGAAUGCUGCAGUCGCCACUUACCCGGAAACCAUCGGGCUCGGCAAACAGGGGCCGAGCGCAGAACGAGCUGUCGAGCUAUUACAAGCAACAGGCGCUUCUCGAGCUGGCUGCCCACGAAGCCUCGGUCGCGGAAGGCCGUCAUUCGAGGAGGCGAGAGGACAACAGUCAUCGUCCGCACGUUCGAAGCAAGAGCACCGACGGCCGACGGACCGUCGCCAACGUUUCGCGAUACAACAGCUACUCCAGCGACGACGAAGAGCUGGGAGAUGUCCGGAGGAAGCGCACGCGCAGACCUUCGCAUGCAGGAAGGAGCCCCCGGCAGGUCGGAGACAAUCGUUCAUCGGGAAUUCCGGUCCAAGAUGCCGUCUCCGGAUCCGGCUACCAGAAUCAGAUAGCUCCUCGAGCCUCGAAUGACCAGAAAUCGAGCACCACCGCUUGCUUGCUGCCCAAUGUGGGCGGAAUACCCCCCGAUGCCGGCUACGAGGAAGUCAGCUUCCCCUCUACGCAGAAGACCGAACGUUCCCCGCCAUACCUUGCCGUGGAACAGAGGACCAUUGUUAGGAACGAUCAGGAACUAGAAGGUUCGUUCGACGAGGACAGGUUCAAGAAAAAAUCAUCGGGAAUACUGAAGAGCUCUACCGCCUAUUCCGUUGAUCAGACUCCGAAGAACAUGACUACGUCCGCGGGAUACGCGACCGAUACCUGGCCCUCUCAAAAGACCGUUCAGUGGACAACCAAGAAGGAGAAAGACGACUGGGACACCAACAUUGACGAGAGUAAAGUUAUCAAAGAAUUCUCGUAUCAGUACAUCAGACCUAAGGAGGAAUUAGAGCCGAAGGAAGAGUCUCCGGACAGACUGGAAGCCAUGAAUUUGGUACAGUGUAGAAUAAGAUGCUUCGAACUGAGCAUGGACAGUUCCACUCCGGUGAAGGAGGUUCUCGCGAUGCAGGAACCAUUGAAGGUGUCGCCCCUUCAAGCGACCGAGGCUCACGUCUCCCGGCUAGAUUCUACGAAGAAACCCUCGCCUAUUCGUAAUUUCGCCUUAGGCGAAUCUGAUACUCUAGACUCCAAGUACAGAAACGUGAAAGAUGGUCACGCCAAACAGGCGUCCACCGACAGUAACAAGUCGGUGAAAGACUUGUUGGCAGAUUUCGAGAGAAAGUCCCAGCAAGUUCAGAGGCAAGAGUACAUCAGGCGUCAAGAGGUGAAGCAUCGUGGAGUAUUCAGCGAUUCGGAGGCCCUGUUAUACGACACUGGCAGCGAUCUGGACCAAAGAGAUAAAAGCGAGGACGCUCAGGAUGAAAGGAGUUACAAGGUGGAUCAAGUUGUACCUGAUGCUAUCAACGAGGACAGGAUUUAUGCCGGCACGGUGAAGAAGAAAGGAGACGUUUCAUUCAGGCGGAGGAAAAGAUCGUCUUCCAGGGAGAGCAUUAACGAUCAAGCUAUUCCUCCCGAAGAUUUGGAUAUAUUAUCGAAUCCCAGUUGCAAUAGGCUAAGCGUUGCGGAAUCCUUGUUAACUCAUGGGGAUCGGUAUUCCGGGGAAAGUGGAACGACGAGUCCCACGUUGAAGCCAGAGGAUAUCUGUCCGGAGGAACACUACCUUCCAAUGUCCCCUAGGAAAGCGAUAUUGGAUCCCAACUGUGACGACCGACCGAAUCCAAAGAUGAUGGAGUGCCUGUUCGCCAACUUGGACCACGAAGAAAGUUCGUACGUGGAGAUGGCUCAGAACGGUAUGUCUCACUCUCUUCUGGCGCCCAACGAGGAAAAUAGGAAACUCGAUUCCGGGGAUUAUUCCACCUUGGACACGCCUCACUACGAAUUCGUCUGCGUGUCGGACAGUAAAAUGGAACCAGUUUACAUGGAAGUCAGUCAGCUAUCGGAAAAGGAGGAAAACGACGAGAGGACGAUGUCCCUGAAGAAAAGAACUUCUCACGACGAUUCCGGUCACUCGAGAUCAGACCUUCCCGACAUAUUGGCCGCCCUAAAGUCGGAUAGUUCCGACGCGGAUGACGAAUCUUCGAAGGACCUAGAUUCUAUCGACGCUCCUAGACAUCCUCGAUUCAGCCUGUCGGACACCUUCAGGCCUGCCUCGUACUAUCUGGGUGCCAGUCGAACCAUGAUCGCCGAAUUACACGACUCCUCUGACAGCGAAUUGGUGUCCCCUCCUCCGAUUCCAACCACUCCUCCGCCCUUGGACGAUUUGGACUCGCUGGACAUGCAAGAAUCGUUGGAGAUGAAAAAAGUGUCACCUCAAGUAGCAGUGACGAAGGACAACAGCUCGAACAGAGACUCUCCAAAGUCAUGGAACAAGCCAAUGGGCCAAGUAGAGACCCACAGGAGCCCGUCCAGAUUUUCAGACGCUACGAUCAGUUCUACUUUUCGCGAUAGUCGGAUUUCAUUGGAAAGCGCGUCGGGAAGCGACUCGGUCGAUCUGAGAAUAAUGGAAGAGGAAGCUAGACACAGGCAGCUGAAGACGAGACCCGUUAGCGAAGUUUGCGAUGUCCUGGACAGUUUAGACGAAUUAGAAUCUCUCGGCAGUCGUUUUGACGGCGCGAGCAUCGAUUUAGAUCAAUACCUAGAGGAACUACAGGCUCGCGACGCUUUUAACGUGGACAUGUACGCAAAAGAUCUCAGUUACAAUAGCAUUUACGGUUUUAACGAGAACAUGAUGGUUGUGGAUAAGCUUCAGAAAACCACAUGCCACGAUCUUUCCAGGCAAGUAAACCUGGGUUUGCGUGGUCUCGAACAAUCUCUUCGUUACGAUGCGAAUAAGAUGGGGUCCGCGAGUAGCUUACCUUCGAUGAGAGUAUGCGAUGUUCCUCCUUCUCAUCAGCACUCGCAAUCCUUCACCGGCAAUGCACACUACGAGAACAUAACGAGCUUCUCGCCGUUGAGAUGCUCGCCGGCAGUCCGAUCGGACAACGAGCAAAUUCGGGAGGCUCAUAGGCUUCACAGAUGUUCUCAGAACAAUUUGUUAUCCGCCUCCCAUAGCAGAGAUUCCAGUUAUUCCAUGGCGUCCGGCGUGGCCUCGAUUUCCACCUCCAUGGCCUGCCAAAGGCCUGCCAGCGCGCAGUCGUCGAUGCACUCCCCUACGGGAUCGAUUUCAUUGGGAAAUCACGGGGUUAAUUUGUCCGCGAACGUCCUGCGAACCGCAAGUCCCUACACCGACCAACGGUUCCACAGCCAUUCUAGAUCGGCCAGUCAGGAUUCAGCUCGGUACUCGAUGAUAUCCAACCACAGGUCGUCAUCGAGCCAAGAUUCGAGUCACUAUCCUACUUCGACGUCCACGGUGAAAACAAAUGCUGGUUCCCAGUCGUAUCUGCCGAACGAAACACGUCCGCAAAGCGAACAAUCCGGUGCACCGUAUUACUACUCGGACCUUCAGGCGAGCGCGAACGCAAUGGACACCGAAUCGACGAAGCCAAUCGGUCACACCUCCAGAUUACCUCAACUGAACAAUCAAAGGGACGACGCUUCCGCGUUGAACAAGAGGAACGACAUCGGUCGCAUCGUGAAUCCAAUCGCGAGACAAAUGCCCAGGCAGAUUCAGGUGGACGACAUCGACGAAGCUAGACGUAUAGCGGCCGAAUUGAGGAAAACGACGUGUCAGCUGUUGGGCGAUAACAAAGUCGGGCUUGUCGAUAAGAAAAACUUCUACGAGGCGGACACUCUGAGAAGAGUGAAAUCAACGGACCCCUUGCCAGAUAUUUCCUCCGCGGAGAUCAAUACCAGAAAUCUCUAUCCGCACGGGCUAAGAGACAAAUCGAACGACGAUCAAAACUGCCGGGAGGAUUUGGAGUUAACGCACUUGGUCCAAACUUCGCACCGCAGAUCAAGAUCUCUGGAAGGCCUCUUGGACGACGUUGGUUUGCAGAGUCUGGUGGAUCAAAGGAACAGGAGCAAUCGGAUAGCGACAGUUCAGCCCACGCAAGUAAUGGAAACGUCUGAAAAUUUGAGUGCCGGUAACGUCGCGGCUACGUCGGGUAUCAACUUCAGCGCGGAAGACCCCUGGGAACAGGAUUCUCUGUGGCGGGAGAGCCUUCGGCGUGUCAGCUUGAGGAACGCCAGGUCCUUGGACAAUCUGGACAGUCCACCGAGGCCGAUCGUGUCGUCCUCGGUGGACAGCAAAGGCCGGAACAAAAUCACUCGUGGCGCGACAUACGUGAACGACAGCGUGAUCUUGAGACGGGAGAACUGCUUCGAGGAUUCCUCGGAACGACCGCGCGUGAAACGAAGACCGAACAAGGACCAGGAUGAUUCGACGGUCGACGAUUUAACCUACGAAAGUCUAUCGAUGGAACGGCUUCACGCCGGUGGCUAUGUCUGGGACGCCCAGAACGAGGCGUACAGAAAACCAACGGCCGAGGACACGAAUCAUUUUUUAGAGGAGGGCAACCUUCCCCCGGUUCGCUUGAUCUCGGAGGCGUCGACGUCGCCGCAGAUGUCGGUCACGACGUCCGCCGCGGCGUUCGAGCUCGACCGAGAGAAACUACGUCAGUGGGACCUGUUGUCGAGCGCCUGCUUGCUCCAGGAACAGCAGCGCAGCUCGAUGGCGGACUCGGGACGAGGGUUGCCAACUGCAGAACGACCUGGAGACGUUCCCGAUCCACGGAACAGCACUCGCGCGACGACUGGCAUCGGCAUCGUCGCGACGACCAUCGCCACGACCUCGAGCGUGUCAUCGUCGGUGGUCAGCGAAGAUCGGGAUCUCGUGUUAAAAUUUAUCGACACGGGACUGCAGGAACCGAGCGGCACGAGCACGUCGAUCGGCGCGAUCACAGAGGCGAUCAAGAGGCAGCAGGAGCUGAACGAGACCAAGGAGGCUUGUAACAGGGCUACAGCUUCCGGAUCAGGGUCGGUGAUAGGGAGGGACCCACUUCCUCCGAGGGCGGUCAGUACGUCGCAGCUGGCACAGAAAACACAGACGCAACCGCCAGCUUCCUCGACUGCUGUGUCCACCACCCUUCCGCUGCCAAGGGGUAGCGCCUCGCACCGGCAACCCCUUCCGCUUCAUCAGUCCACUCCUCAGUCGGUUAGGCAGUCGGACAACGAUAUAACCGUCAGCUCGCAGAUUCUGCGAGUUGCCAGCAGCGGGAACAUUGACACCAGUUCUCCUGCCAUGCUCAACAAUAACGAAGGAAAAGACCCGAGGUUAACGUCUUCGAGCAACCAUUCCACUCAACGACUGAUCAGCCCGGCCGGACAAUUGAGGGUUGUUUCUUUGAACGAUCAUCGAGUGUCCAGUCCCAGCGACAGCGACAUACGAAUUCAUAGUCCAAUCGAGAGGAAAAUGGUGAGCCCGAUCGGGCGAGAAGUGGACCGCGGCGGAGGCUCGUCGGCCGCCAGGCAAAAUCACCGUGCAUGGGAGUGCAACGAGCUGCUGCAUAAAAGGAGCAACGUCCUCCUCAUCGGCUCACAGCGAGCGGAUGGCUACAAGCUGCCGCAACCAGGGACGCAAGGGCUGGUCCGCGUGUCCGCAGGCGAACUCCUCGGCAGGACCCACGAGGAACUGGUACUCCUGCUGAUCCAACUGCGACGGCAAAACGCCACCAUCUACAAAGCGAUGGAGACCUGCCACAUGGAGAUCGAGGCUCAGGCCAGAUUGGCAGAGCUCGAUACUCCGCGACGAUUGGAGAAUCUUCAGAAGCUGGAGGAACUGAAGAAACACCUGAUGGAUCUUGAGAAGCAGUACGAGAAGGGCAAACCACUGGUGAACCUGGUCGACAAUAUGGUGAAGUUGGGCUCCCUGUACAAUCGCAACACUGCCAAUGGGACCAACAGUGUCUCGGGUUCGCGACACGACCUGGCGCACGACAACUCGAGGGAUCAUCGAUUAGAAUUCAACCAGAAGGUGCAGGAACAACGGCUUCUGGCCGAGGAACGACGGGAUUGGGAUAGACUGAGUCCUGAUCACGGUCAAUUACAGGCCAAGGUACAGCAGCUUUACAAGCUGGACCGGCUGUUACAGGAGGAAUCCGGAACGCUACACAGUCUUCAACAGGACAAGGAGAUCCUAGAAAAGGCUCUUGGCGGUCUGCGGCACAAGCUUCAGGGCAGCAGAAGCAACUUGGCGGAAGCCGAGAGAUACCGGAAGCAGCAGCUUAUGUUGGAGAGGGAGCUGAGCAGAGUGAGGGUGUUGCUCGCGCACAAUUCAAAGGUACGAAGGAAUCAUCCUUAUGUUUCUGACUUUCAGAAACUGGAAGAAACGGUUGCCGAGAAUGCAAGAUUGGAACAGGACCUGGUGGUGCUCAGACAAAAGCUUCAGGCGUCGAGAAGAUACGCCGGGAAUAUCACCAGGGACACCUCAACGACGACCGGUCCCCUCGAAGCGGAAUUACGGAGGGUUCAGCAGCUCGUCGGCGAUCUACAGAGACAGCGAAAGGAAUUGAGCGUUCAAGUUAGACAAUUGACAGAGAAAUCUCAUAGUCUGGUGCAGCAGAUUCGACCGCAAGCCCCUUCCGCUCCUCAAGUGCACCAGUCGAAGAAGAGGGCGCAAAACUCUUGGCUGGAGACCGAUCUGGACUCUGGAGUCACUUUGGAUCACGGUCUGGACUCACCCUCGAGUCCAGCCCUAUCCUCGUCACCGCGUGGCAAGCAGAACGGUGCACCGCAUCCUCAAUUCGUAUCGCCGUCACAGAUCAAGGAAUCUUCGCCCACGAAUCGCCAACAGAAUCAUCAACAGUCGUUCCCUCAGUCGCCGCAACAUCAUAUUUCAGCACUUUCCCCUCAAUUGCGGGAACAGAUUCAGCAGCAUCAGCUGAAGCAACAGCUCUUGAAAGAUCAGAUGCAGGGUAAGGGGAGCCUGAAGCAAGCGAACGUUGCGCCGUUGUACGUCAACACGGAUACCAGAAUACAAAACGGCAACAAGCACGAGGAAAACAUGAUUAAUGGCACAUCGAUCCCCGCGCCAGAGUACGUCCCUCCUCCUCCGCCGCCACCCCUAAACGAGGAAACGUUAGCAAAUGAUAAUUACAGGCUGAACGAGGACAACAAGUUUGCCGGCUUAAUUCACAACCGUGAGAAACAAGAGAUCAAGACCGUGCGAAUCGUGAAACGGGAAUCGGAGAGACGGCAACGCGAUCGAGGAGAUAGAACGGGUAACAUUGGAAUUCCAUUAACAAACGGACUGCAGGCGCCCGGAGGCGCGAAAAGAUUGUGCGACGAUGAUAUAGGGGGUUCGCAGAAAUUCGAGAAGGCUCAAUUGGGAAGAGUGGUCGAAGAAUCGCCGAUGAUUCACGCGCAGAGCACGGUCCAACUGACGGAUUUGGACGACGUACAAUUCCAAAGAAGCAUGUCGUUACCGAGAGGUUUCGGUGGACAACGACAGCAGCAGCAGCAGCAGCAGCAGCAGCAACCUGAGAUACAUCAGGGUCCGGUAGUGCCUCCGCCUAGGAGCGACAGCAUGCACGCUCUGAGAAGCAUGUUGGCCCGACGAAACAAAGUCAGGUUCGAAAGUCAGGACGGCAGCUCGGAUAGUACGUUGUCGCCGUACACCGAGAGUUUCGGUUCGAGUUCUCACAUGCCGAUGAGCUCGCCGAAUUACUCGACCAGUCCCUCGUACAGUCCAAGCCAUCAGAAUUACCCUGGCCAGCCGACGAUGCGACCGAGUCAUCAUCAACAACCAUAUUACCCGCAGUACAGACAUUACGAGAACCCGAUCUCGGGGAAGACGGAGAGUCCUUUGGACCCGGUUAGCCCCGAACUGUUGUCGCCAACGAAACCCGAGCCCCAGGAAAGACCGUUCGGCUCGACGCUGACCGUGAACGCCUCGAACUCGCCGCAAUUGUCGCCGGUGUUCAAGAGCGAAGCCGCGAAACAGAUCAUCAAGGAGAUGACGGAGAAAAAGGUCGAAGGACCUAGACGACGGCAGAUCCCGCGCGAAAAGAGACGUCAUUAUACCGUAUCCAGUAGCAAACCCGUCCUCGAUUUAGAAGACACCUUCUCGAAGAUGGGAAUGGGCAGAGCUAGAGACGAUCUGGACAUGGAACGAGCGCUCAGGCCGAGAAUAAAUGCUCCGGAUGUCGUUAGAUCGACGUUGAGCCAUAAAGAACUCAAGUAUAACGAGAGCACUAUCGAUCAGCUUCUUGGGACACCGAAUAAGAUCGUUAUUCCUGAGAGAUAUAUUCCUGAGCAGACACCAGAGUUAACCGCAGAGGAACAAGAACAACGAUUGAAGAAAGCAGAGGCAAUCAGAAAGAUGCUGUCGGAAACGACCGUAACCGCACGAGAUGGAAACGACGACAAUAUUAACGUAGAACAAUCAGACAGUCUGAAGAGAAAGGUGGUGGAGGAGAAACGUCAGAGGGAACAUAUUCUACAGCUGAACCAGAUAUUGGCGAAGCAAGUUAUGGAAAAAAGUAAAAUGGUAGCUGUGAAAGCCCUGGCUACUCUCCCCCUGAAAACCGAAUCGAGCUUAGACGACGAUGAUCUCUCGCCCGUAACGCCGUUACCGCUUUACCAGCAGAGAGAAAAUUAUUAUUCGUAAUGGUAAACGUCUCCAGCACAAAGAAAUCAACUAACUGCCAGCCCGGAACAACAGAGAAACAACUAUCUUUCCUCGAGUAACAUUUCACGAUGAUAAAUUAUAGUCGCGGUUCACCCGACCCAUUCAUGUUACGGUUACGUUAUCGCUAAGGUGACUUGAUAAGGUGUUUUUUUAUUUGCGUCGAUAUAUUGUACAUAAUCAUCGGUUAAAUAAAACUACUAAUAAACACGGUGGUCUCGUCGACCGUCUCGAUAAGAAUUUGGAAUAAUGGAUGUCGAGAAAAUCUAGCCGAGCGACUUUAUUUAUAGGAGAAAAUAGUAAAUAUCGGAGCAAUUUAUUUGGUGACUUAUCACGGAAAU